CCCGGUCCGACCUUCUCAUAUAAAUACGCAGGGUUACUAGACAAGAGUUCGUCAGAAAAUACGAACCCAAUGAUUCCUAUAUGUCCAGUGGUCUCCUUCACCUAUGUGCCCAGCCGGCUUGGUGAAGAUGCCAAAAUGGCUACUGGCAACUACUUUGGAUUUACCCACGGUGGUGCUGCACAGUACAGACACGCGACUGCUAUUCAACCAGAUUUUCCAUAUGGAUCGAACUGUGGCUUCUGUCAGCAGCCAGCUGCGGGGGUGGCCUACACCCACCCUACCACCGUGGCCAGCUACACCGUACACCAGGCACCGAUGGCGGCCCACUCCGUGGCAGCAGCCUACGCUCCCACCGGCGCCACAGUUGCCGUAGCCAGGCCUGCCCCUGUCGCCGUGGCAGCAGCAGCCACUGCCGCAGCCUACGGAGGGUACCAGCCGGCGCACGCCACCGCUGACUACGGCUACGCACGCCAGCCGGACGUCCCCCCGCCGCCCCCCCCGGUCACGUCCCAGAACUACCAGGUAGGAUACCAGGACUCCUACUCCUACGUACGGUCCACGGCCCCAGCGGUAACCUACGACCCUAAGCAGUACUACCAGCAACCCGUAGCUAGCUCUGCGGUAGCCGCUGCGGUAGCCGUACAGCCCCAACCCACUGCCGAGUCCUACUACCAGACCGCCUCCCUUAACACAUCCUGGGACACCACGUGGAAGAAAACUCUACCAGCCCCUAAGACAGGCUACAGCCAGGCCAGUCUCACCCCCUACACCCAGACCCAACAGUCUCGUCAGGUGACGGCCAUCAAGCCUGUUACUCCCUCCCCCGCCUCCUCCACAUUCUCCAUUUACCCCGUGUCCACCGUUCAGCCUGUAGCUGCCGUCGCCUCCGUCGUCCCCUCCUACUCUCAGAGCCCCACGUACUCCACCAACGCGGUCACGUACUCUGGUAAGCACGACAUGCAAGCCGUAACCAGUAUGCACUACCUGCCAACUACCUACUCGACCAACGCAGUCACGUACUCCCAGAGUCCCACGUAUAGUACCAACCCCGUCGCCUACUCUGGUACGUCGUACUCGGGCUAUGAAGCAGCGGUGUACUCUGCUGCCUCUACCUACUACCAGCAGCAGCAGCAGAAACAGGCUGUGGCGGCAGUCGCUGCGUCAGCAGGCUGGACAGGAAGCUCCUUCGCCAAGAAAACUCCCUUCCAGAGCAAGCAGCUGAAACCCAAGCAGCCCCCCAAACCACCACAGAUCCACUACUGUGACGUCUGCAAGAUCAGCUGUGCAGGACCCCAGACCUACAAGGAGCACCUGGAGGGCCAGAAGCACAAGAAGAAAGAGGUGGCCCUGAAGGCCUCCCAGAGCAGCAGCAGCAGUAGUAGUAGUGGAGGAAGCUCAGCCCGGGGGACUCAGAACCAGCUACGCUGUGAGCUCUGUGACGUCUCCUGCACCGGGGCAGAUGCAUACGCUGCACACAUCAGAGGGGCCAAGCACCAGAAGGUGGUGAAACUGCACACCAAGCUGGGGAAACCCAUCCCUUCCACAGAGCCCAGUGUCGUGACCCAGACCCCUACGUCCACCACGGCUUCCUCCUCCAAGACCCCCUCCUCCUCUACCACCCCCACAGGAUCCACCUCCAACUCUUCCUACCUGAAGCCGGUUAACAUCGGGAGCCAGGGUGGUGCGGGGGCCGGACUGGGGAAGGGUCUAGUGGGGAACAACUUAUCAGCAGCCAAUGCCACCACAGCUGUCAAGAAGUUUAACACCCCCAAGAUCAACUUUGUCGGGGGAAACAAGCUCCAGACUACCGGGAAGGUGACAGAGGAAACCAAGGUGGAGACAUCCAAGCCUCCUCCACCCUCAUUGGUCCCCCAACCUCAGGAGACGAAGAACGAGUCCUCUGAUUCGCUGUCUACCCUGGCCGCCUUGCAGAAUGACGUGCAGCCUGUUGGGCACGACUAUGUGGAAGAGGUGCGUAACGACGAAGGCAAGGUGAUCCGGUUCCACUGUAAGCUGUGUGAAUGUAGCUUCAAUGAUCCCAACGCCAAAGAGAUGCAUCUGAAGGGCAGGAGACACCGCCUGCAGUAUAAGAAAAAGGUGAACCCGGAGCUACAAGUGGAGGUGAAGCCUUCUAUCAGAGCCAGGAAGAUCCAGGAAGAGAAGAUGAGGAAACAGAUGCAGAAGGAGGAGUACUGGAGGAGGAGAGAGGAGGAGGAGAGAUGGAGGAUGGAGAUGAGGUACGGAGAGAUAGGGCGUUAUGAGGAGGAGAUGUAUUGGCGUCGUAUGGAGGGGCAGCACCACUGGGACGAGAGACGUGGGGGGCCCAGGAUGCCAGGGGACGGACCAUACCUCCAGGGGCCCCCUGGUCCACCUGGACUACUGGGCGUUCGGCCUGGCAUGCCCAUCCCUCAGCCACAGGGACCUGUACCUCCUCGUCGGCCGGACUCGUCAGACGACCGCUACGUGAUGACGAAGCACGCGACCAUCUACCCCUCUGAGGAUGAGCUGCAGGCCAUCCAGAAGAUCGUCUCCAUCACAGAGAGAGCCCUCAAACUGGUCUCAGACAUCAUCAUCGACCAGGACAAGACCAAGGAGACUACUGCGGAGGACAAGGAUACAAAGGAGGUCCCCAAGACUCCCCAAGACCGAGCUCUGAAGGGGGUGAUGAGGGUGGGGGUGCUGGCUAAAGGACUGCUGCUCUGUGGAGACAACAAUGUCAACCUGGUCCUGCUUUGCUCAGAGAAACCCACCAAGAACCUGCUAAGCCGCAUAGUGGAGCAUCUUCCCAAGCAGCUGACGGUGGUGACCCCAGAGAAGUACGAGGUGAAGGGUACCAUCGAGGACUGUUCCAUCAUCCUGACGUCUGGAGCCGACCCCAAAAUGACAGUCACCAUCACCCUGACCUCCCCCAGUAUCCGAGAGGAGGAGGAGACCCCUACCACACCCCCGCCACGGGACGGAGAUGUAACCUGGGGCUUGGUGCGAGACCCAGCGGACGUCUUGGACAGGCAAAAAUGCCUUGCCGCUCUAGCGGCUCUGCGGCACGCUAAGUGGUUCCAGGCUAGGGCGAACGGACUCCAAUCCUGUGUGAUUGUUAUCCGUAUCCUGCGUGACCUCUGUCAGAGGGUCCCCACGUGGUCCGCCUUCCCCAGCUGGGCCAUGGAGCUGCUGGUAGAGAAGGCCAUUAGCAGUGCCUCUGGCCCCCUGAGCCCAGGCGACGCACUGAGACGAGUCUUUGAAUGUAUUUCCUCCGGAAUCCUGCUCCCCGGUGGCCCGGGAUUGGUCGAUCCGUGUGAGAAGAACCCCACUGACACCCUGACAGCCAUGGAGGAGCAGCACAGAGAGGACAUCACCUCAAGUGCCCAGUUUGCUCUGCGGCUGCUAGCGUUCCGUCAGAUCCACAAGGUGCUGGGCAUGGACCCACUUCCCCAGAUGAACCCCCGCUUCAACGUCCGCAACAACCGUAAGCGUCGCCGUGACAACAGCGACGGAACGGACGGAUUCGAGGGUGAAGGGAAGAAGGACAAGAAGGAUUUCGACAGUAGCUACUAGGACCCAUCCCCUCUCCACCACCCCCCCC